AUGGAAUCAAUUCAAUUCUUAAUUGAUAAGCUCAACAGAGAAGAUGGUGAAGGAUUAGCAGAGGGAUUAAAAGACUAUCCAAAUUCUAUAAAUGUUGGAAAUUUAAGUUUAGAUAUAAUUGAAAAAGAUUCAAGUUUAACAAUUGAAAUUGGAAAUAUCCUGAAAGAUUAUAUUAGAUUAAAUAAAGCAUUAAAUUCACCUGAUAAAACAGAAAAGUUCUAUACAUCAAAUGAUUUAUUAAAAAAUUUAAAUAGAUUUGCUGAACAAAAAACUGUUUGGAUUGUUAAAUCAUUAAUGGUUAUAACUAAAAAUCUUAUAAAUUAUGCAAUUGAAGCUGAUGAUUAUAUUGAAAAAAAUCCAACUAUAGUUUUAGAAAGUAAUCAUUUUUCAGGAAAUCAACAAGAUGAAUCAUGUUUAAUCAUUGCAGCAAGAACUAUUCAUAAUUCUUAUAAAUUAUGUUUAAAUGAUCGUAAUGAAGAUUUAUUACAAUCAAGAAGACAAUGUAUUUAUUAUUUUGUUGGACAAGAAUUAAAAAUUUAUCAUAAAUUAAAUAAUAAAGAUAUGGCAAAAAAUAUGGAAAAAGUUUUCAAAUCAAAAGAAGAUGAAUUACCAAGUUUAUCAUCAAUUCCAAAAUCUCAUGCAAUAACUUAUUUAUAUUAUAGUGGUGCAUUAUCAUGUGGAGAUGGGAAUUUUAAAAAUGCAUAUUUUAAAUUUAAAUAUGCUUAUCAAUUAUGUUCCAAGAAGGAUAUGAAACAUAAAGAAAAUAUAUUAGUUUAUUUAAUACCAUUAAAAUUUUUAAUUACCAAGAAAUAUCCAAAUUUAACAAAAUUGAAAAUGUUUCCUAAAAAUUAUGAAAUUUAUAAUAAAAUUUUUACAAGUUUAAUUAAUGGAGAUUUGAAAACUUUUGAAAAAUAUUUUGAAUUAUAUGAAAAUUUCUUCUUAAAGAAAAAUUUAUAUUUGGUUAUUGAAAAUUUAACAAAUUUUAUAUUAUUAAAAUUAUUUAAAACAAUUUAUAAAUCAAAUAAUUUAUCAUCACAUUUAUCUAUAAUUACAAUAACAAGAGGUUUAGAAUUUUCAAAAUAUCAUACAAAUAAUUCAGAAUUAGAAAGAUCUUCAAAUAUGAUUGGAAUAUUAAAUCAAGAUGAAACUGAAUGUAUAAUUGCAAAUUUAAUUUAUCAAGGUUAUAUAAAAGGUUAUUUAUCUCAUACAAAUGGAGUUUUAGUAUUGAGUAAAAAAGAUCCAUUCCCAAAACAAGUUAAAUUACAUGAUGAUAUGGAAUAG